AUGACAACUUGUUUUCCUCUCCUCAACCUACCUCCCGAGACUAUUUCGCAUGUGCUCAAGUCAAUGAACAUCAAUGAAUUCAUAACUCUCUCAUUUCUUUCAAAAAGAGCGAAGCUAUUAGUGGAGGCUAUGGAAUUAAAGAUUCCGAAUGUCAUUGUCCAACUCUUUACUGAUUUUCUUCUGUACGACAUUGAUGAAAUUAAAGCAACAGUCGGAAAUUUUGAUAUGCUCUUGCUCUCAAGAAAUGGAAUCAAAAACAAAGGCUAUGACCUUCUAGUGAAGCAUUUUGUAUCGAGAUGCCUUGUAUUGGGCGGUGGUGUCUUCGAAUGUUUGGAGCAUCCAAAAGAAGUUUUGAUUCAAAACUAUGAUGAGUUAAGGAUAAUUUCAGAAGGUGACAUGUCCAUAAUAUUGGAUGAUCUACUCAUGAUUAACAGCAAGAUUGCAAUGCUCGAGGAUGUCAACUGGACUGGGAAAGAAGUUAAUCAAUUCAUAAAGCAUUGGAUAAAAGGGUCUAACCCUCGAUUGGAAACUUUGGAUAUCUUUUCAAGAGGAGAAGCGUUUAAUAGAACAAUUGCUCUAAAAGGUAUUAGAUAUAAGGAAAUACCAGCCAAUCAUGUUAGAAAGUUCAAAACAUUGCACCAGGAGAGCUUGGACGUUGAAGGUGGCUACGAUAUCAUAAGACAUGAUGGAACCACCGCAACAGUCACAUUCGAUUAUGAUGAGGGAUUUGAUACUGAUUCAUUGAAAAUGCAUGUAUGGCAUCCACAUUGUGUAGGAGAUUCUUAA